AUAACAAGGCUACGUGUUAUUAUUUUUUAUUACACAGUUAUUAUUGUGGCUGUCAUUUACCUGUGGUAUUCAUGAAAAGUGUUUCAAUUUGUUUAUAUUAUUCAGCAAACAUGGGCAUGGCGGAACAAUAUGUUAAUCAUAUUGCUUUUGUGAAGGCAAAAUUCACACCUCCUGGUUUGGGUCUAAAUACAGUAGCUGCAAGUGUUCCUAAUGAUGUGUCCAGUGACAAGCCACCUGAUGAAUCUGUUCAUCUUCAUCCACCGUGGGCACGCUGGUGUCUGAGACUUCCCCGCUGUCCUCCACAUGAGUGCCCUUGACCUCAGCAGACUCCGUCUCGGUGACUUCUGGGUUUCCCUGGUCCUUUUCAACUGGAGGCGAAGUUUCCUGUUUCUGCAGGACUUCUUUUGGUUCUUCUAUUUCUUCCUCAGCCUCAGCGUCACUCUCCUCACUGGCGCUGGAGCUGGAGCUGGAACUGGAACUGGAACGAGGCCUCACAUCUUCCUCUUCUGUGCAAAAGCAUUUAAAAUGAGUAUUCCACCCUAGGUUUUCACGGUAGUACAGUAAGAUGGUAGCUGUGUAGCGAGCCAGGAACCAUAUUUGGUAACCUCAGUGGGUCUUUAAAAAGGAAAAAACUAAAAAAAUGAAUGACAACAUGAAACAUUCACACUCACGUUCAUACCUCUGGACAAUUUAGAGUCACCAAUUAGCCUAACAGUAGUGGCAGUAGUAGUAGUCAAUUCAAUUAAUGAAUAACAUUAAAAGUUUUAGCAUUUUUCUGACUUUUUCACAUGUAAUCUACAUAUUCCACAAUCCGAUAAUAUAUAACAAUAUUUUAUUGGUAUUUUCUUUGACGUCUGCUUCUUCUACAGGAUAUUGUAGAACCCACACGUAGCUACUGUAAAUAUGGUUCUGGCCAGUUAACGUCCCACCGUCCGUUUUGUUGUGUUCGGAGUCCGAUGAAACUUCGUCUUUUGUCUGCAGGUCUGUUUCACUUGUUGAAGAUAAAGGCUUCUUUUCAUUUGAUUUAUCAUCGUCUGCUUCAAAGUCCUCUUCGUAAUCUGAACAGGGAGAUUAGGGUCUGCCAAUCACUUUUGGUUUAGAAUGAAUAUACUGUGUUGUGUAUUUUUAGUUUGUUUUACCAUCUCUGUGUUCGUCCUGUGUUGGUUGUUCUUGUGGAGAGCUGCUAUCACGUCCUGAGUGGGAUGUGCUCCUGCCUGUCUCCAUCACGGGAGCGUCCUUGAGGCUGAAGGUGUUUUCCUCUCCUCUGACGUUCUCUUUGGCCUUCUUUGGUGGAGGAGUGGGCUUUUUGUCCAGCCCCAUUGCUAUGAUGCACCUAAAAAAAUUAUAUGAUAAGGUACAAAAUAAUGUAAGGCAGGGCCGCAUACUGGAAAAUAAAAGGAGGUCAGAGGUCAGUUGUCAGUUUUAAACUUAGAAAAUGUAAAACCGUUUUUUAUAUUUAAUGAAAAACACAGCCUGCAUCAGAGCUUUAUGUUGAUGCCAAAGCAUAUUAUUAGUAUGAUGAUCCCAAAAUGUCUUCUCUGUCUGUCUUUCUGCUUCAUUCACAUAUCAUUUGCUUUCGUCUACAGGCUGGCUCUCACUUGUAGCAAGGUGAUGCUCGCUGUACGGCGGUGAAGCCAAAGUGUCCAUGCCUGCCGCCCAGUCUGGGACCUCUUCUGUGUUUGAACUCGCAGCACGAGCUGAGACGCUCCACUUGCAGCCCAUUUACGAAGAAGGUCAGGCUGAAGGGGAAGCCUGGAUGACGCCUUGACACAAAUUGGAAUGUCUCUAAGAUGGAAAACUGCUGCUGGAACACUUUGACCUCGUCCCUCAGGUCGUCCAAGUCGUGGGAAAGAUGCACUGGUUUGCCAAAAUACACCAUGGUGACACAUACUUUGCUCUGGUGCACUGUCGUCCUGAGGAGAGGCUGCUCCUUGCCUGGAUAAAGACCUCAUUGACGUCAGCUCCACUGGAGGUAGUGGCGGGCCUCAGGAGUCGGCGGCGGCUCCUGAGAGUGCUGCUGGGGGCGCCACUGGGCCCACUCUCUUUCCUUUUUGUGGCUGGAGGGAGCGGCGUGACAAAGUUAUUGACGACCGGGAGGCAGUAAGGGCUGCCGGCUGGAAGACGACAAGGCCGAUGUGAAGGCAGUUGAGGCGAUGGCAGAGUUGUUGUUGGAGUAGAAAAUUCUCAUCCGCUUUAGACUGGUGCAGCCUCUACUUCUCUUGAAGUGGAACCGACGACACUCAGUGGUUGCCAUGGGAGAUCACGUGACAGUGCUGCCGAGCAAGCAAGCAAGCAAGCAAGCAGGCUGGUUUCCACUUACACACACACUCACUGUCCCACUAACAUCAAACUCAACACACAUAAUUUCUCGGAUCUUUCUACAGACUUUGAAUUCUGUAAACAUAUUUAUAGGGAACUCUUUGACAAUUUCAAUAACAGAAAUGUAUUUUAAACAUUUCAAUAUGUUUAUUUUAUUUGAUUAUUUUCCUACAGUUUUUAUAAUAAUGAAUAGGAUUGUGCAUUAUUUGAAUUUGAACGAUUCCUGUUCCGAGUCCUUGUUUCUAUUCCUGUUCCAAAGUGGCUUAAAGUGAUUUAAAUGUGGGGCUCUAACCAGAAAUCUUUUUGGAUGAAAUGUCUGAACUUCCCAAUUUUCUAAUGAUAUGAACUUUAGAUCAACUUUACUCUAAAUUUCUUACAUGUCUAUUUUCAACCAGGAUAUAAAUAUGAAACUACUGAGCUUGAAUAUAAAGGUUAUGGGAAUAUAAAGGUUUAUUUAUACAGGAGUACACUUCAACAAAAUCUGUUUACUUUGGAAAAGUAGUAAAAGUAUUAAUCAGUGCUUCACAAAUAAUGGAGCGGGGUCCUCCCUGGGGGGCCACGGUGAACGCGUGGAAGGCAGUGAGGACUUUGAAUAUUAGUGCAUACCUGCCAACAUGUAUGAAUUUGCUGUACUCAGCCUGCAAGUUGACUCUGGAAUGCAAUUGUAUGCUUCACUGCUCUCCCAUUUUGUUGCAUUUCCCUGGUUUCAGUUUGGAACUCAAUCUGAACAGUACAAAUGAAUAAAUAGAUAUCCGUACUUCAAAAUGGGGCAUGACAGAAAAGUACUCAGAACCACUCGUGUUUUUUAUGAGACCCUUAUUUAGUUAAUACAAGUAAACAGGAUGUCACUCUUAUUUUGAAGGCCGAAAGUGUGCUGUGUGAGUUGAGAAGGUCCCGUAACAGAGACUACUAUGCCAAUAAUAAACUUGCCUUAGCCACUUGCCUCCCGUCCUUUAUCUACAGCCAGGUUCCCAUCAGCUAACAUCCUGAAACCCUGGGUGACUUUGGCAUGAGAUCGACGUCAUUUAUUGUUUGACUUCCCUGAUUCUGAUUGCUUAGAAGUCCGACGUAAGCACAUCAAAGACAAGUAUGUACCUGAGUUGACCAGAGAGUGGAGCCAUUUUUCUAUCACACAUAAGAUGCACUGGGAUGUUUGGAAACGGGACUUAAACUCCUCUGAGAUGAAAAGGAGUGUGCAGUGUGGAGGGAGGCAUGAGACAUGCGCUGGAAAAGUGAGGUGAAAGUUCAAUGUUGCGUCGUGGAUGUAAGCCGCAGCGAUGAGGUGAGUCCAUGCGUGCAUGCGGCUGGUUAUGGUGGCCACGCUCGGUAUGACCGGGCCCUAAUUGUUUCUGGCAAUUAGCGCUGAAAACUCUCUUCUAGUCUGUCAUUAAGCAGUCUGGACAGCUCAGUAUUUGCACAAUAAUUUGACUCCUUCCGUGAUCAUUAAAACUCAAGCAGUUAAUGAGACCUCUUCACCUUUUUUCUUUUUUGACUUUUAAUUGCUGUUAUUAAAUAAAUCAAUGCCCUUUAGCAGGAUAUGCGCGGAUGAUUGACAACUAAAAUGGACUUGCAGCGUGCACGCAGAUCUGAAGAGCAUAAAUGCGCUUAAAAAGACCAAGUGUGGUUCAAGUGUCGUCUGUUUGUCUAAGUAACAACGUAGCCACGUCUCUCUUAAAUUGCAAUUUACGCCUAAACGGGCCUGACGUUGUCAUGGUGAAAGGUGAGCAGGCAGGAUGAUAUUUAUAGGAUGGAUGGAGCGGUACAGAGACAGACAGAGAAAGGGACAGACAUCUUCAUCAUGUGUGAGGACGGCAAAGAUCAUAUUUUGGACAGAGGGGACCCCCUGGUGGACGUGGUGGAUGAAGACACAUCCACCCUGCAGACGAUGUCCUCCGCGCCUCUUUUAAGCAGAAGUGUGUGCGCCAGCUGCAAUGAAGAAAUAGUGGAUAAAUAUUUAUUAAAGGUGAGCGACCUGUGCUGGCAUGUACGCUGUCUGUGCUGCAGCGUGUGCCAGGUUGCACUUGGCAGCCACACCAGCUGCUACAUCAAGGACAAGGAGGUCUUCUGUAAGAUGGACUACUUCAGAAGGUUUGGCACUUGGUGCGCCUGCUGCAGCCGCCACAUCCACUCCACAGACUGGGUACGCCGUGCCAAGGGCAACGUGUACCACCUGGCCUGCUUCGCUUGCUUCUCCUGCAAGAGGCAGCUGUCCACCGGUGAGGAGUUCGCCCUGGUGGAGGACAAGGUGCUCUGCAGGGUCCACUACGACUGCAUGCUGGAAAACCUCAAGAGAUCGGGGGACAAAGGCAGCAGUGUGAAUAUGGAGGGUGCGGUGCCCACUGAACAAGAAAUUAACCAGCCCAAACCCUCCAAGAGAGCACGGACCAGCUUCACUGCUGACCAGCUUCAGGUGAUGCAAGCUCAGUUUGCACAGGACAACAACCCAGACGCACAAACACUGCAGAAGCUGGCCGAGCAGACGGGCCUCAGUCGAAGGGUCAUACAGGUGUGGUUCCAGAAUUGCCGAGCCCGCCACAAGAAGCACGUGAGCCCCAACCACACUUCCAGCACCCCGAUGACCUCACUACAGCCCAGACGCCUGCAGGCACAGCCAACCCCGACCCCCGAGGAGCUGCAGUAUACAGCCUACGUGGGCCCGGAAGGGUCCAUGCUGUCUGCGCUGCACUCCUUCAUAGACAUCCAUCCCCCUUCAUCAAUGCUUGAACCACUGAUGCCAGCCCAGUACGCCAUGACCUCGCUGCCUGUGUCUCACGCCUGAGCGACACACAAACACGCAGUAUUAAAACUGUAAUUGGCAUGUUUGUUUUCUUUUUUAAUAGUACUGUAUAUGGAGGCGGGGAGGCUUCCCUGUACCCCACUGGCCACUUCAUUAGGUACACCUGCACACACAAAAUUGCGCUUAAAACAAUGUACCACUCUGCUGGGAGAUGUUUCUAAUAUUUAGCCCAUCCAUCUCAUGUUCCUCAAAACUUUAGAGGCACCUCUCAUCACAACUAUAAUACUAAUAUUACUACAUUAAAAUACAUGCACGCUGCAUACAAUAAUUAUUGAAGCCUCCCUGCUUUAUAUUACAUUGCUUACUAUUACACCAAAACAUGCUUAUUUAUUGUUUAAAGUAUGUGAAUGUUUACAUGUUUGUUUUAAUUUAUUGUGUGCACGUGGAGUCUUAUUUUAUUACAAGAUAAAUUCCACUAGCAAAACAUGCAAGGUUUUUGCUACGGGUACAAACAAGUACAUGCACAAUAAGGUACAAUUUUUAUUGUAUAAACAAAGACACGACACCCACACAAACAAAAAUAAAUAAAAAGUGUAAAGGA